AUCCCGCGACCCGGGACCAUCGCAUCGCCUGGUAAUCCGGACAUCCGUAUCUCGGUUGCUUCAUCCAUUCCCGGCGACCGCCGCCAUCCGCCUUUGUGGAACCAUUCGGCCAAAGCCAUCAUGUGCAUGGGAUCAGCAGCGCGCAACAAGGAUUAGGGGGAUAUCCCUAGCGGCAUCAAGCGGAUUGCGGAUUCGUUUGCGGCCGCGCGCGAAUCCCGCGACGGCGACGCCAUGUCUGCCCGGAGACUCGGCGGCGGCAGGGUCCUGGGCAGCGGUAAAGGUCUCGCCCCUCCGCCUCCUGCUCACGCCCCGCGAGCCACGAGCCCGUUUGCACCGCCGUCCGAAAGCAGUACGGUGUCCCUCCGAUCUCGAAACUCGACGCCCGUCUCGCUCUCGCCCUCGUCUUCCAGUCCGCUUCCCGACUUUUCCCAGGACCUCGCCUCCAAUGUCACCGUUGGCGGGCCGUCCAACGGCGCCUCGGCCGGAAACAAGCUGGCGUGCCCAAUAUGCGAGGAGGAGAUGGUGACAUUGCUCCAACUGAACAGACACCUGGACGACGUGCACCAGGAAUUGCCCGAGGCAGAGCAAGACGAAGUCAAAUCGUGGUUUGAGAAGCAGGUCCUAAAGGCCAAGAGGUUUCAACCUCUGUCGCUCAUCAAUCAAAAGCUCCGAGGCUUGGACGUGUUCGAGUCGAACGAGACGCAGCCCAUCUCAGUGAGCGCCGGACCCGGCCGACCCGUCGAGACGGUAAUCGAUCCCGAGGAGUUGGUCACGAGGAAGCACUGGCAGCGGCCGACGGGACACGAUGUGUGUACCGACCCUCUAUGCGACCGCAGAUUGGGCCCCCUCAGCGGCAGCGUCAACUGUCGAAAGUGCGGCCGGCUGUUCUGUGAGAUGCACACCAUGUAUCAGAUGAAGCUGUCGCGGUCAGCCAACCACGAACCGGUCAGGGGUGUGUGGUGCCGGGUGUGCGAGACAUGCUACAAGUCGAGGGAGGGAUACAACGAUCAUACGGGCCUAUCGCGCGAUCACACGGCCGAUUUUACUGCCGUCCGGGCAAAGAAGGUGGAAAGACAGCGGCUGGAAGUGCAGAGGCUGGAGAAGCGGCUGACGAAGCUGACUCGGCUACUUGUCGAAGCUCCCCCAGAGACUGGCGUGAACUCGACCCUGCUGACCCCGUUGGGUGGACAAAGGAGUCAGAGGAAGAUGAUCGAGCAAUCGGUCGUGACCUGGGAGGACGACGCGGCCGUCCCCAGGUGCCCAUUCUGCAAGCAGGAGUUCAAGCCCUGGACGUUCAGGAGGCACCACUGCAGGAUAUGUGGCCGCGUCGUAUGUGCUGACCCACAAACGAAUUGUUCAAGCGAGGUUGGCUUGAACGUCGCAAACCCAAAUGCCAUAGCCACCACCGAGAAAGCGACUGCUGCCCCCGAAAAUGGGCAAGUCAGUAUCGACAUUCGGAUGUGCUGCGAGUGUAAACAUACAAUCUUCUCCCAUCGAGAUUUUCUCGAGUCCAUCAAACACCGCCCGCCCGACCAGCGUGCCUACGAAACCCUGCGCCAGUUUGAGCACGGUAUCCAAAUGCUGUUGCCCUCGUUUCACAAAGCGCUACAGGCGCUGCAGCCCCCUGACGAGAACCCAGAUCGACCGGACAAACCGCCGCCCACCCAUGCCCAGAUCCAGGAGGCGGCCAAGAUCCGUAAACGCCUCACUGACGCCUUUGCAAAGUACGACCUCGCUGCGAAGCGCAUCCGCAACAUGAAGACGGAUAGUCCAACGCAGCUCCGUCUCCAAAAGGCCAUCUACGCAUCCGCUUCGGCCUUUCUGCACGCCAAUCUGAUACCUCUCAAGAGUGUUCCCUCGAUGCUGAAAUCUCAGAGCUCCAGCCAACGCAGGCUUCUCUCGGGCGGGAAUGGGUCGUCGCACGCCAUUUCCUCUCCGCUGCGGAACGGCGAGUCGGCACGAUUCGACCCGGAAACGUCAAGCUUAGGCGGAGCGAGCGAAGUGAGCACGGCCGUCUCGGCGGCUUUAGAAACGGAGGAGAAGGAGGCGCGGGAGAGGCUGGUGGUGCUUGAAGAGCAGCGGUUCCUGGUUCAGGAAAUGCUGAACCAUGCGCGGGGGGCCAGGCGGUUUGAAGAAGCAGGCGCCCUGACGAGGAACCUCGAGGAGCUAGACAAAGAAAUUGAAGCUGCCAAGCGACUGGUGGCAGGGGUGGAGGAGAGAUGGGAGGGGCUCUAUGCGGGAACAUGAGCUACCUCGUCGGAACAGAAAACCUGUGCUUAUUAGGUUAAUUAAUUUGGUUAAGGAGAUGGGAUCAGCAUUGCAUGGAGUUUGGAGCACUACACGGAAGGGGAGGGGACUCCAAGGGUCUUAUGUAAUUCUAUAGUCGCUAGUGGUACAAGGCUUCUUCUUUAGCCGCCAGUAUGCAGUGAUUAAUCCGUAUCCGGAUACUCAUUGAGAUUAUCGAGAUCGCUUUCCAUAGCUGUUUUUG